CUUGUUGUCAUUUAGAACUCGUGUGGCGCGUAGCGAACUGCUUUGUGAGUUUUCGGAGAGUGAGAGUCAGUGAGCGAAAGAGAGAUUCGUAGCAAUUUUUUUCUCUUUAAUUUAGUUCGUAAUUUUUUCUGAUUCGUUGCUGUUGUUAAAAAGUCUGGUGUGUGACGCGUUUGCUGGACCAUUGUUAGGAUGCUGUAGUGAUUUAGGUGAAAGCUCAACCGUUUCAAAAAAAGUGUGUUUUUAUAAUCCCUUUCCGAACGGAAUCGAGUUUGAAGAAGUCAGCAGAGCCGUUAUUUUAUUUUUCCAAGAACUUUGCUAAGCAGAGCUGCGAGGGAGACUCCUCCCAACUGUAUGGACGUCACCCCUUCGGCGAAAUUCAUCUCCAAGCCCCGCUCCUCUCGGUCCCGCCAUGGCUCCCUCAAGGGCGGCUCCACGCGACGACCCCCGAGCCCGGAUAGCGCAUGCGAGCACGAUGGAGAGUGGGUAGGUGGCGCCAUCUCGGGACCGGAAGACGUAAACAGUGACAUGUCGGAGGAAGGCAGCGAGAAAACGCGAAAAGGCGCAAGACGGAAGAUUGAAUCGGCCGUCCUGCGGCGGCAGUCGGGCGAAACUACGGCUGUGCUCAAAGGUGCAGCGUGCCAAGAUAGCGAUGUGGACUCUGGUAUCGUGGCUUACAGGAAACCAGGCCAGAGAAUAGGUUCUACAUCCUCAGCUGACACGGACAGCAGUCAAGAAUCCAGACGGCGAAUAGAGUAUUCACCUCCCAUCCAGAAAAAUGAUCUUCCCAAAUCUCGUAGUUGCAAUGGAUCACUGAGGGUUGCAAAGCGUACAAGCUGCCCUAAUCAGCAGGGAGGACCGAUCAAAGCUGACCAUUCGGCUUUGAAAGAAUGUAACAGGCGACCGCCGACCCCGUUAACUGUCUUUCCGGAUUCUCACCACUGCGUACGGUUUGACGAACAGCUCCAGCUAUCCGAACAAAACCUUCGACGGUCUUGUCGGAAACUCUUCGCUACUCUUUAUGCCCAACGGUUCUCCUAUCCUGUCCAGCAAAGUGGUUCUAUACAAGCUCGGAACAUCACUCCAGGAUCUACCAGGAUUCGAAGUCGGACUGCGCCGGAGCUUGAUCUCCGGCGCUACAGUCCUGUGUCCGUUGGUGGUCAGUCUAGGCAUAUACAGAGCUACAAAGAAAACUUCGGGCCAGUGGAAAAUCAUAGGGCUGGAGGUUUACCGUGGGCUGUUUGCAGCGUUCCAAAAGCUACGACUGAUGUCAGUCUCAGCGGGCAGGUACUUUCUUCUCCUCCCCCUUCACAAGUUCAUCGCUAUAAUUUUCAUAUGUAUAACAGAGUUCCAAUGGAUUUAGACAAUAAAGUAGCUUCCCGGACGCCAUCUACGGACAGCGGACUAGGCAGUAGCAGCCAAUGUACUUGUCACAGCCGCCAAACACAUAUCUCUCUAUCAUCUAGUCAAUCAAACACCUCACAGUGCACAUGUCGCUGUUGCAAUUGUGUGCAACAAGUGCCACGGGUACUCGAUGGAACAGCCGGGCUGUUUAAAAGUAGUAGCUGUUCCACAUUAUCCAGCGUUCUAUCCCAUCAGAGCAGACCUCAACUGACUCAAUUCCCUCCAAGGACUAUGCGCAGACCUCUCUCUCCAGGUGAGCCAGAUUCUAAACUGAAUCUGCUACAGAAAACUUCCAGCUGUUCCAACUUGCUCGAUAAGGUAUCUGGCAAUUAUCAGAUUGCCAACGUACCAGUGUAUAGUGACAGCAUGGUCCACGCCUAUGCUCAGAUCGCUUCUGUUAUUCCCGAUGGUGUAAAGUCGUGCAGUAGUUCUCAGGGUGGACGUCGUGCCCAGACUCUGGGAAGAAUCAAAUAUACAAAUGAAAACAUCUAUGAUUCUUUACGCCCUCUCGAUACUAUGAGUACGCUGUCAUCGUCCAAGUCAGAGCCACCGCUUUCUAUAGCGGCUAGGACAGAUUAUCACUCAAUGAACAGCAGUACCAUCAAAGAUCUUGACAAUCAAAGGACAGCUCACGAAACUUCUAGCGGCGAAUUAAUGCGAGAUUCAGAUACUAAAAGCACGCAUUCAGCUGAAAUCUACAGCCAAAUAACAGAUAACACGAGACAGUCCCUGAGGCAGAACAGGUUAAAUCCUAACCAAAGACCAAAAAAUGUUGGAGUUGUGUCACCUAGUUGUGGACAAAGUACUGUGUAUCUGAAGUCUGCUCUGAAGAAGCCUACCCAGUCAGCUAUGCAGCAUGUAAACGAAAUGAAGAGUUCCGAAUCCGAAGUGGCCCUCAAUGGGAAUCUAAACAGGCUUGCUGAAGUGGAAUACGCCGUCGUGGACAAAUCUAAGAAGAACAAGUUUACUAGUUUACCAGCUUUAAACGGAUAUAACGGAACGCCCGGUGUUGCCACAGACACGGAAGACAAAGACCAUCCACCCGUACCUCCAAAGAAACUUUUGCAUAAAAG